ACUUCAGCUUUCGACUACAAAAAAUACUCUCACAAGAUUUCUUUCAACAUGGAUGGUUGUUUAACGUAUCUCGUGAACGAAGAAAAAAGUGGGGUGGUUGAAGAAGCAGAGAUUGAAAAGGUGAAGGCAAUGAACGCAAAAGAAAGGGAGCGCUUUCUCGCAAAGGUUAAUAAUGAGGUAGACAUGGCACGUAACAAGGCAAAGAAGGAAGCCGAGGAAGAAGAGGACAAAAUAUUCGAGGAGGGAAGACAGAAAGCAAAAGCUAAAGAGACGGGAGAAAACAAAGAAGAGGAGACGAACAGAGUUUUCAACAAGUUCAUAGACGGUGUCGUGAAGAAGAUCCCUGCUAAAUCAACAAUUGCUGAUGGUCUAAAGGGUGCCUCCUGGAAGAACCUUGCCCAUGAGGCUGCAUUAGGGCUAGUAGAUGAUCCGGAUUGUUUGGUUUUUGAAGACGACAUGGAGAAUAACUCGAAUGUGUUGUCCUUUGUGGGAGAUGAUGAUAAAAUACACAAAUUUGUGGUGAAGCCGGCGGGGAUUUUCUACGUGAUCAAUGAUGAAUUAAUCUCGUUUAAAGGGUGUAGUGAUAUACUUCGAGAAUUCGAGAAGAAAAAAGAAGCGACCGCUUGGAGGUCAAGGAAUCGCAGUCCUAGAUGUGUGGAACAUUGGGGAGAUAUUUUGUUGGAAGGAAUCUCGUAGAGAUAGGACAUUAUGCAUAUGGAUAUCAAAUAUUGCUUCUAGUCCUAGACAAGAAAGCAUCUCGUUUUGC